GAAUAGGGAAAUCACAAAAAAUACCCGAACAAAUGACAGUUAGUAUACUAUAUGGUAUCUCGUUACCAACUGCAUACCAUAUGGUAUCUUCUUUGUUUUUAAGUCAUUGUUAAAAAAAUUUGCACAGAAGGAAUGAGUUCAUCAUGAUCUAUUGAAUCUAUCAAUAUCUGGGUGAACAAAAUACAAGACCAAAAAAUAUCACACAAUACCAACCAAUACCACUCUAGUAUGUUGUGGUAUCUUGUGGUACACAAUGAUGAAAGUCGUAAAUGACAGUUAGUAUACUCCUACUAUCAUGUAUUCAAUCAUCAUAUAGUCUUGGUAUGUUCAUACCACCAUGGUAAGCAUUUUCAUACCAUAUGGUAUGCUCUUAUUUAAUACCAGUCAAUACCAUAUGGUAUAUACUGGUAAAAAAUAGCUCAAUUUUUUUUGAUAAAAAAAUAUAUCAAAAUGGAUAUCAUUUUGAAGAACACAAUUAAUCUGAUCUAACUGUGCAAAAAAAAUUAAAGUCCAACUUAAAACAAGUGAGAAAUCACCCGUUAAAGAUUAAGGAGAAAAAAUUAAAAGCUUUUAAGGAAAAAGAAUGGACGCUUAUGAUUGGAUUGUGAUUGAGUUAUAUAUAAUUACUCACUAUAAGAUUAUGGAUAGAACUGCUCUCCAUACGGUUUCACAACAAAUUAUGUGGAUAGGUCACUAAUUUGCGGAAAUUGUUUCAAAAGAAUCCUGCAGCGAUAUUCCCUUUUCUGUUUUUUGUUUUGUUUUAAGGAACUGUUGUAGCUCUCCAUCGCCUCUCACUCUCGGUUGCCAUAAAAGAACACAUAGAGUAGUGCAUUUGCUUUCUCGGAUCAGGGUUGCGAAUGAGGUAAUUCAUUACUUUCGAUCAUAGAUGAUGCAUAGGUUAUCAUAAUGGAACAGAUAGGUGUCAACUUCCAAGUGCCCAACUGCUCUCGAGACGACAGAUGCGAAAGUGAGCGAAACCAUGUAGCUAUAGCGUUGGAAUGCAAUAACUUUCUCCUUAUUUUGGGCGCAUUUUCUCCAAACGACUCUUAACCUCCAUAAACAGAAAAGAUUGCAGAUCUGAUCUGUAAGCAAGAGAAUGAGAGCAACAAACAUACGUUAAUAUAUAUAUUUAGGAGGGGGACUGGCGAUACGUCCACCUCGGCGUGAAUGUGUAGGAUGCGGGAAUCGAAAUACAAACACACGCUGACUAUUAACUAAUAUAUAUGACAAUUUAGUCACUCACAGGCUUCUGAAGCAGAAUUCAUGGUUGGUGGUGUAUAUAUACAAAGAUGAACUCAAACACUAAUAAUUCAAAUCAUAAAAAUACGAGAAUUACACCACCCCAAGGACAUCGCACAGCAAUGACAUCGACCCAAUUCCUUCAGGCAUCCCAAACUGCCGCCGCCGCCGCCAUUUCUAAGCAAACGGUUCAUAUUCCUUGGGUAGGCGGCAGCAACAGCUCAUUGAGCUUUAACCGUCAGCGUCGUAGUAGCUUGUGGGAUACGCAAACAGCACUACCACUCCGAGCUGCGAAUACAAACAGGUUUAAUCGCUUGCUAGCUGCAGCUAAGGACGACGAUAUCGAAAUUGCUGUCGCAAAUCCAGACGAAGAAGAGCUCGAUCGCCCAGCGGCGGCCGAAUCGGUUCAUGGGUUUCUGGUCCAACAGGGGCGGGUUCACCGGCAGCGUGUUAUGGUUAGAUCAUUCGACAUUGACAGGCACAAGAAAGCAACCAUUGCCGCACUGAUGAGACAGAUACAGGAUUCGGCAUGUAACCAUGCCACAAGUUUGGGGGUAGAGCUGGAGAGCUUCGCUUCGACGCCGUUUAUGACGAGAAACAACCUCGGUUGGGUCAUCACUUCUAUACAAAUGGUGGUGGACCAAUAUCCUUCAUGGCGCGAUGUGCUGCAAGUGGACACGUGGACAUACACCGUCGGGAAGAAUGGGUUGGCUAAUGACUGGGUGAUCCUAAACGACAAGACCGGUGAAACUUUAGUCCGAGCUACAAACACUUGUGUGAUGAUGAACUACGAGACGAGGAGGCUGCACAAGUUCGUGCGGGAAGUGAGGGACGAGCUGGCGUGUCGUAUUGUGCCGGUGGAAGAGUCUGUCGUCCCCAAAAACGAACAAAGAUUACCGCGGCUGGAUUUCGCGACCGCCGACAGUGUCACCAGCGGCCUCACGUCAAGGUGGUUCGACUUGGACGUGAAUCAUCAUGUGAACAACGUCAAAUACGUGGACUGGAUCCUGGACAGCGUCCCAGGCUCGCUCCCGGAGGGGCACGAGCUUCACGCGAUGACUAUUGAGUUCAGAAAAGAGGUUGCUAUAGAUACCGUUGUGCACUCUCUUUCCAAACGAAAUAGCAGGGCGGCAGCAGCCGCCGACGGGAAUGUGAACGGAGACGACCAUGGCGAUUUUGCUCCGGUGGAGGUGGACCAUUUGCUGUGCCUGGAGGAUGGGUCUGAGAUAUUGAGGGCAAGAACAACUUGGAAUCCCAAGAAAAAACCAACCUUAUAAUUAAUUACUUCAUUCAUUCUCACUCACUCACUCACUAAACACGCAGUACCACACCUGACGGAACUCGUGGGAGAGAGGCGUCGACUUUUCUUUGUGUUUUUUUGUGCUGCCUUGGAAAUGCUUUAUCAAUUUUCAGGGAUUUGUGUUGUAUUUGAUUUGAUUCGAUUCGUUACGUUCUCUUUCUAACUGGUGCUCUUUUCAUUUAUUGUCCAACAGAUGUAUUAAAAUAGAUAUUUGUGGUUGGAUGUACAUUGUAUUACGUUAUAAGUUUCGUGUACGUAAUUUUGUUACUUUUGGUCACUCGUAUUAUCAAUUUUUUCAUAUUCGAUAUUUUCUAUACACAUAUAAUAUUUUUCAUAUAAUCGUGUUCACUUCAACUAAUUUUAUUCGUUCUAGUGAUUUAUUUUUGUACUUUUCAGUUUGCACCUAUGUAAUAUAGGUGUAAUUGUCAA